AUGUCCGAUCCGGACGCUGAGCAGCGGCAGUUGAAAAGGAGGAUGUUGGAAGAACAGCUCAGGAUGCUAGAUGAUGAAGAAAGACACUCUAGAACGUCCAUGUCGAAUACACCAGUGACUGCAUGGGGAUCCUACCCACCUCAAUGGGCAGCGACCAUAAGUAACCCAUCCUCAUCAAGGCACUCGGCCUUAUCGUCAUCGAUAUAUGAUGCUCGUCACUCCCAACAGGGCUCAACGAGUCGUAACCCUCACAUUCCUUCGAGCUCAUCAUCUUCUUCCUGGACAGAUCUUUCAAACCAAGAUCGUAAUCGGCAAUAUCAACACCAACCUCAAUCAUCUUCCCAAUCACACAGACCCUCUUCAGUCUCAAGAUCAAAUCAGCAACAACAACAACGCUCUCAUACUCUACCUCAAGCUCGCUCAGGACACCAGCAACAGCAACAGCAGCAGCAGCAGCAUAAUUAUGGACAAUAUCAAACCCAGAACCAAAAUCAACACCAAAGUCAACCUUUACCUUACUCAUCUGGAUCUACCAGGCAUCACUCCUUCAGGGAUUUAGAUCGUUCUUCUACGGGUCCAUCAUCCUCGAUAUCACCCCAAUUCUCUUCCGCUCUACCCACACCUCAGAAUGCGACUUUCUCAUCUUCACAGACUGUACCUCUACCUUCCGAAAGGCAAUUGCACGAUUGGCUCAGAGAUUGUAUGGGACAAGUUGAAGGUCUAGAUACGGAUUGGAGGAUCAAUGGGAAACGAGUGGAUAUGUACAAAUUGUUGGCUUCUGUCAUAAGAUCUGGUGGAAGUACAGAGGUAUCGUCAAGAGGAUGGUGGUACGUGUUAGCGAAAUUACUCAACCUUGCAGAUGACUUGACGCCACAAACAGUCAAAUCUUCGAUAUCCAAACAACUAAAAGAGCUAUUCCUGCAGAUGUUAGGCGGGUUGGAGAUAUUGUGGGAUAAGACAAAAGGAACGGAGGAGAGAGAAGCGAUACCUCGAACCCGUGAGAACUCCAACUUGAGCGGUUCAUCUACCCUGCCAACGCCUAUAUCCGCUACGAUGAAUCCUGGAAUAUCCAGCCAGCAUCAGUCGUCUACGUCAAGCCGACAUGCUUCAAGUAAUAGAAGAGAGGUACCGUCACCUCAACAGGAACAUCAUUACGUCGAUCCGUCAAAGCUCACCCUGCCACCCAAAGCUGCCAAAAUGUCGAGUAGUCAACAACCCGCGAGAGGAGGGGAGUCGACGAAUGUGCGACAACCAUCUGCUAUAUCCACCUUUACUUCGAAUUCAGCACACUCCAAUACCGUCAAUUCAGCAAAUUAUAAUCCGCGUCACUCUCCUUCAUCCUUUGCCAGACCUUCUUCAGUCGCUUCAAUUGGUACUCAACAAUCACCCAACAUCCCUUCGCAGAUACCAUUGCAUCAGCCUACACCUUCUCACCCACCUCCUCAUAGGCUACCUGACCUAUUGACUUCACAGAAUGAUGGUGGAUCCGAAAGAACUCAGGGGUCAUCAUCGCGAUCGCAUAUCCCUCCUCCUGCCAAGUCGGCUUCAACAGACAUGGUCGCUUCCCCAUCGCAGCAGUCCUCGCGGACGGUCCAGCUGCGAUUCGCCAACAAGUCCUUGGGUGAAUAUCAAGUACCUGACUUAUCCUCUUUCCAAGACUUGGUAAUCUCUAACGUCUUGCCGCUACCUCCGCUCGAACCCGAUAGCAACGUUCAGAGGAUGACUUGGAGCUCCGAUCCGUUGAUUCGAUACAGUAAGAGAUGUCAUGAAUUGGGACACUCGGUCAGGAAGCUCAAAGCCGGUCAAGCGUCCAGACAGAUCUCGCCGGAAGAGUUGGUCUUUUGGGCUAAAUUAUUGGUCAUCAUGGCUGGAAAUCCUAGUGUCAUUCCUCCACCUGUUGAUGAUCGACCUCCGUCGAAUCCGCCGCCGACAACCAUGCCCGACCCGACGAGCUCUUCGAUUACAAAUGCAGGUCCCCUUGGGAGUUUCACCAACCCCGUUGCAUUCGUACCACCACCAAGUGGACCGAGCACAAGUGCUCAUAUACAGGGUGAUCAACCGACCACAUUGAGUCAGAACGGCCAGGCGAUUGAGCAGCCGACGGCUUCCCAAAGCAAGAAGAGGCCUAGGAAAUCGGGCGACGAUACAGCUGGAAGUCACACCGAUACGCCUACAGUGCCGAAGAAGAGGGGCAGGAAACCGGGAGUACCCAAUAGGCCGAAACAGCCAAUAACGAUCACGGCCGCUGUCCCAUCACAUGUUGAAUCACAGCCAGUACCGCAGUCUACCCAAGUCUCUCAGAAUCAGAACAAUGGCGUACCUCAAGCACCGCAAUUACAGGCAGCACCCUUAUCUCAACUACCUACUGAUAUUGUCUCUGGCACGCAACCAACUCAGAUUCAGAUCGAUCAAGCUUCGGCUGCCCUCGCUUUCAUUGGCCCUGCUGACCGUGUUCCUGCCAAACGCGGUCGACCCAAGGGAUCGAAAACAGUGAAUCGUAAAUCCUUGCCAAAACAAACGAAUGGACAGGAACGACCACAUUCAGAUGCCAACAUUGAUCCGACCAUCCUAGUCCCAGCUUCCCAACCGGAAUCUAUCCCUUCGUACUCACAGUACGACAGUCUCGCUCAAUUGUCACAACCGCCUGCAAGCUUUCAAGAUCUGUUCAGAGCUGAACAUGAGAAUGAAGGUUUCCACCCUUCCCUCUUUGCCGGACUUGCAGAUGCGGGACCUUCGUCAUCAGCGCCUGCUCCUUCCCUCCCAUUUUCUACUCCAUCGCGACCUGAUGAAGAUCAAUCGCAAGCAUUGCAAGCUUUGGAAACCAACAGUGUCAGUGGUGGUUCGAAUAGGAAACCCCUGACAGCUGAACAAAGAGCCGACAAAUCCGCCAAAGAGAAAGCUAGACGCCAGAGGUUGAAAGAGAUUCAAGCUAUAUUCGCACCUCCCAUGAAAUACAAGAAGCCUCCUAUCGAUCCUAGUACUCGAAUACCACUUGUACCGAAUUUAUUACCUAAGCGAAGAAUCGAUCUUUCUUCACCUGAUAGAGCUAGUUCCGCGCAGAUUCGUGCUCAGGAUAUGGGGCCUACUAGGAUCAUAGGCAGAACGGCGUCGGCUUUAUCGCACGAUCAAUCUGCUGGAUCUGCUUCCCAAGUAGAAAAGACAAAGAAGUAUAAGAAGAAACAAAAUGUCGCUCAUGAUCUUAGAGCAACGGGACAAUCUUCACAAGCGAUAGGGGAGAAUAUCGAUAUAAUGAAUAUCGAUCCUAAAUUCACGCUGGAUGAUGGGUAUGAACCUUCUCCUGCACAAGUUCAGGAACUCGCGCGGGCCCUGGUAGAAAGUAUCGGUCCUAUUCCCGAUACUCAGGUUGAAGGUGAAGAAGAAUUGCAUGGAGCCAACGAUGCUGACGCGGAGGGUGAAGCUGAUUCUGAGAUACCUCAUUCCCAAGUAACCCAAAGUCAAAGUAAGAAGAAAAAGAGAGGAAGACCCAGAAAGGAAAAGGAGAUUGUUGGUGUGAGUCAAUCACAACAGGGACCUACUGUACUUUCCACACCCGCACGGAAGAGUAUCUUGGUUGUCGAAGUUCCGUCAUCGAAGAAGACUGCUAGAGUGAAAUUCGAUGAGGAACUUGACGAAGAUGAACUGGAUCCAGAAGCGGAGAUUGAGGUCAUCCAGGAUCAAAGGGAUGAAUCACCAGAGUACGAACCUUCCCCUGAAUUCGAGGAUGACGGUGAAGGUGAACAAGAGAUCGAAGAGAUUGAGGACGAAGAUGAAGAAGAAGACGAAAAGGAAGAAAGACGAAGUAAACGUAAACGUGGGAAUACUACCACCAGUAAACCUGUAUUCGAGAAGAUUCCUGGGGGUUCAGGUAGGUGUGGAUUCAGCGUUGUUGGAGCUGCUUCCUCUGCUGCCAAAGCUCGAUGGGAUCGAAUCAAGAGACGAUCUAUUGAGCUCAGUCCUUCGACCAGUACGAGAAGAUCGACGAGAGGGAUCCCGCAAGCCAGCCCUUCUAUCAGACGUUCUGCAAGAGAAAGACGGACGAGCUCGGUCGCACCUAUACCUGAUUCUCAACCUAGGUCUGGCUCAGCUGGUAGAAGGUCGAAUAGUAGACUUGGUUCGAUCAGACGUGAAGCUCAACCUAGUCCGCCUGCUAGUAGAACAACAAAGACGAAAUCGAAAUCGCAGAGACGAGUCAGCUCUGUCGUAGUCAAUUCUGAGGCUGAAAGUGACGAUACACAGGAGCAAGAUGAGGAUGAAGGUGAAGAUGAGCUUGAACUUGAAGAAGACCAAGACCAUGAAGAUGAUGAUGUUGGAUUUGCAGUUGAGAUUGAAUUGUCAAAGAUUGUUAGGAAGAGAGUGGAAAAGAAACGCAAUGCAUCUUCACCUGUGGAUAGAGCUAAGGUCGUCAUUCCCAUAUCCAGGAGACGGAGGGAAGAAUUGAUUUCUAGAGGUCAUUAUGACGCUUUCCGAGAUGAUAAUUCCGACGAUGAAAGAUCACUCCCCCGUCGAGCUCACGUAUCUCUUCGACCAAUGAGAUUGACCGUUCAGAGAGGUUCACGUACCAUCCGACCUUCAUCUCCUGAACCAAUCCCGAUUCGAUUCAUGUUUCGCCCCGGCCCAGCACUGCCAGAACCAUUCGCAUCUAUCUUGACUGAACAUAGUCUAUCUGACAGAGUACAUGAAUAUCCAUGUUUAUGGAAAGGAUGCGAUUCGAUCUUGGCCAGCGAAAAGCUGUUAAAGAGACAUGUUGAGAAUAGACAGCAUGCGAGACAGGGCAAAGAGGAGGUAUCGACCGAGCGAUGGAGUUGGAAUACUAGGAGAACUACCGAGAGGCAAGUCGUGAGAGGGAAAUGGUUUUAUAGAUGUCAUUGGAAGGGAUGUGAGGAACCUUGUUUCACGUCUGAAGCCGAUCUCCUGCAGCAUCUUACUGCUAGACAUAUCUCGAAAGUAUUGAAGUGUCCCUACGAAGCCUGUGAAUUGACGUCAUUGAACAUCUCUCAUCUAUCACGACACGUGAUGAAGCAACACGAUUCACCUUCCGACCACCCAGUCGCACUUGCCAACAUCUCCAUACCUCUUCCUCCACCUUCAUCACCGACCGAACAACUACCAGAAAUAGCCAGAGCAGAUGAACUCACCACUCAGCGAGUACUUGGUUCCGCCCAUCGAUCGGCAUUCUACAGUGCCAGAGUGAAAGAGAAAGUCGAUUCGCACUGCUUUGCAGGUCCUGAUCCUGUCAUUCACGUCGAACAUCCACCACACAUGUUGGAGAUUGUUGAUGAUGAAGAUGAUGUGAUCGAUUCGACUGGUAAAGAGAAGAAAAGAAGAGUUCAAGUAGUUGUUGAGAUUCCGAUGAGUAAACGAAGGAAAUUGACCGAACAGGAGAAAAGAGAUAGGGUAUUGAGAAUGAUGAAUUCCAUCGAUACCGCCAUCGUCCCGAGUGCUCAACAAGAUCAACAAUACAUCGACUAUAAUCAGGAAAAUCAGAAUCAGGACCACAAUGUCAUCGAUGGUGAUGAUACUGGGUCGUAUUCCCCUUCAUACGCAUAUGAAUCAGCUCCUACACCAUGGAUCGAGACUGAUGCGUUGAUGAUUGAAGAUGAACUGGUGCUGGGAGCUCCGACACCUGCCCCCUUCCCUAUGCCAUGGAAUGAUCAAGAUGACGAUGAUGAUGAUGUGGAGGAGGAAGAGGAUAGGAAUGAAGCUGGACCAUCAGGUGUACAAAGGGAUGACGAAGGUCAUUAUUUACCUCUCUUCCAAAUGCCCAGCGGAGAUGAUGAGGAGGAUGAGCAAGAGGCAAAUGCAGAGUUGGAGGAAGAGGAAGAAGAGGAAGACGAUGAUCUAUUUAGGGAGUUUGCUGAAGCUGUACAACCUCAAGCUGAACUUGAGGUCGAAGGUCCUGAAGAUCCAGAAAGUACUCAACCAAAUGGUACGACUGAAGAUCAACAGGAAAUCGAUAAUGAUACUUCCAGUCGAACUCAACAUUCUAUCAUCAAGCCCAACAUGUCUACCAGUGUCCUCUUCUCAACGAGCAUAACCACUCCGGCCAUUCUGCCAGCAUCUAAUGGGGUUGCAACUCCGGUACCACAGAGAAAAGGUUCGAUAUCAUUCCCUUUCCCACCUCAACCUCGACCUUCUCUAAUACUUAACAGUAUCUCUUCAUCUACCGGUGCGGGCACCAACAGUCCACUGAGAUUUGGGUUCGCAGAGAGAUUCGUAGCUACCGAAAUACCCUCGACUUCCGAUGUUUAA